UGAUCAAUAUUGUUUUAUUCUUCGGCAUCAUCCUGAGAUGGUUCACCAGUUCUACAAAGAAAGCAGUAAGCUCGGUCGUCCUGAUGAUCACGGCAAUGUGACAUCGGUCACCACCAUCGCUGUGAGUACUCCAGGUCCUAUUCUUAAGGGGGGUAUUGGAAAACAAAACCUUUUUCUUGAAAUCCUUAACUUGUUUUUGCCGAAUUGAUGGGAAAUAGACAAUCAAUGAGAUGUUACUGGCCACCAGCUUGGGCGUACCAGAGAUAAAGAAGGUGAACAGCCAGGAGUCUCACCAUGGUGGGGUGUUGGUCCACGUAACAGGGCGUCUCACCAAGGAGGACAACGUCAAGAGGGACUUCUCCCAGUCCUUCUUCCUUGCUCCCCAGGAAACGGGCUAUUUUGUGCUGAAUGACAUCCUGCAGUAUGUGGAUGAGAUCGACGAACACCAGGGUUCUGGAGAGAUCGAUGAACGGCAGCGACACCAGGGCUCUGCGAAUGAACAAGAAGAAACAGUGUCAGUGCCCAUUGAUGUAGUGGUUGCUCCAGCAAAAGAAAUCUGUGAUUCUGUGAGCAAUGACGAGAGCUCCGCUGUGCAAGAGAAAGAACCGGGCAAUGAGGUCUGUGAUUCUGUGAACGAGGGCGAGAGCUCGACUGUGCAAGAACAGGAACCGGGCGAAGAGGUCUGUGACUCUGUGAGCAAUGGCGAGAGCUCGACUGUGCAAGGGAAGGAACCGAGCAAUGAGGUCUCCGAUUCUGCGAACAAUGGCGAGAGCUCCACUGUGCAAGGGAAGGAACCGAGCAAUGAGGUCUCCGAUUCUGCGAACAAUGGCGAGAGCUCCACUGUGCAAGGGAAGGAACCGAGCAAUGAGGUCUCCGAUUCUAUGAACAAUGGCGAGAGCUCGACUGUGCAAGAGAAACAACUGGACAAUGAGGUGUCUAAUGUAGUUUCAGAUAGUUCUCAUCAACAGAUGCCCAAGAGGACAUAUGCUUCAGUGAUCAAAUCUGCGAAAGAUGUUCCUGUGAACGUAGCAACUGCAGAAUGGGUUCCUGUGGUGGCAGCGCCAUCUAAACCAGUCCCUGCUCCAACGCCUGAGGAGCCGAUCUCCAGUUCUGUCGAUGAACGUUCCAUCUGCGUCAAGAACAUACCCCUCCAUGCAACACCGGCACUUCUUGAGGAGCAGUUCAAGAGGUUUGGUCCUAUCAAACCCGGUGGCAGCCAAGUUAGAGGCCAUCAUAAGUGGCAGGAAUCUCAUUCUUGUUUUGGCUUUGUCGAGUUCCAAACAUCCGAUUCUGCCCGACGUGCGAUAGAGGCUUCUCCCAUAGUUAUGUCUGGCCGAUCAGUCAAAAUCGAGCCAAAAAAGAUACUUAAUCCAGGAGUUGAUAGAUACGGAGGAAGAUUUCCACCUGGUGGAGUGGAUGGGCAGCAAAGUGGAUUAAGGCAGCAUGGUAACAGAGGCUAUGUUGGAGGCAGGGCUGGGAACAGGACUCGAUUAGAUACAGCUGGUACUGGAUCUGGAAGCCACAAUAAGUGGAACUAAGGAGGCUCAUUUCACAAGCAGAUAUUGAUCUACGAAGGAUUGCAAACUCUCCACAGAGUGCAAAUUUUGUUUUUUUUUUCUUUCACAGGCUUGUUUUGUUCAUUUGUACUUUCUGUUUCUGUGUUUCUGUGCAUGGAAUGAGAACAUUUUGUAGCU